AUGGCUCCAGCCCUCGAUGUGCAAGCCGGUGUCAGCGUCCCGAGUGAAAACGGUGUCAACAGCUGGGAAGAGCUGGCUAAAAAACUGUGGUGGGAUAGAGAUACUGCACCUACGAAGGUCAAACCAGAAGUGAUCAAGACAGCAAUUUGGGAUCCUCUCGAACAGGACUCUUUCCCAUUCAAUUCUCUCGCUGUCCUUGAAAGCUAUCAGAUUCUCGAAAGAUUUCUGUGGCCGACCUUCUCAUCAGAGUCUUCCAACCACCAUGUCUUGCUCAUCGUCGUCUUCUUUAAUGUGAAGCAACGCGCUCGGCUCCACGACUGGCUCUUGUUCAACGACCGCCCGGCAGAGUUUUCAAGCCUCCUUCGUCGAGUCCUCUCCUUGAACCUCGAUCCCUCUUUAUCCAUCUUUGCCCGAUUGUCGCUCCUCCAUUUUGUGCUCGGUGCGUUUCAGUCACUGGAAAAUGAGCACGUCCGCAAAGAGUGCGCCCCACUGGUAUCGAUCGCAACAUGGCACAAUCUACAUGACGAAAGAACAAGGGAACAGCUACUGGAGGCGAGCGCGGCAAGGAAAAAGGCGUGGAGAGCCGCUGCGCGGAGAUAUGAUGCGGCUGAUCCAGAAGCUCAAAGCCGUUUGCGCUUCGAUCGAGCAUGGUUGUAUACGAUGCUGAUUGACUUCACUGCAAGGCUCAACGUGUCAAAACUUGUCCACUCUCAAGAAAUGGUCUAUUGUGAGCGAUUUGUGGAGUUUUUGAUCGACCUGACAAGUCAACUGCCGACCAGACGGUACACGAAUCUACUAUUGAAAGACGUCAACAUUAUCCCCGUGAUCCGAACAUCGAAGCUGUAUCAAAGAGAGGACGCUGUGCUUCUGCAAGACUUGACCCGUCUGCUCGAACAUUUCCAGUUUUUUGCGAUUGAUGAACUGGGAGGUACAGAAGAAAGUCAUGAUGGCUUGCGCAGAGCACAUUAUCAAGCCCUGGAAAAGCUGCAGCGAGUGGCGCUACAGCACUUUGGAGACAAAUUAAAGGUUUUGGCACUGUCGAACUUCGGAUCCAUUGACAAAAGAAGCGAGCUGGAAUCUCACUUUUCUACAUUGACGGAUACCGAGCUGCAGGAGCUGUGUAUGCAGCUUGGGUUUCGAAUUAGCUAUCCCCCGGCUGCGGGAGUCGUUGCAACUCGUGCGCUCUUGAUGGAAGUUCUCUUGUCAACCUUCGCCAAACCUCGAGACUUCCGCGAGGUUGUUGGUCAGCUAGCAGUUCUGCCCACGGCUAGCUCGCUGUAUGACCCAACUUUACUGAGGAACGAACACUAUGAUGGCUCCCGGCCCCUUGGAAUUCCCAAGCUUAACCUGCAAUAUCUCACUCUUGGUGAUUUCAUGUGGCGUUCAUUCCAGCUCUAUCAAGCCGAAGCUUUUUAUGGGAUAAGGAAGGAUAUGGAAAGCAUUAUCAAGCGGAUGAAGCCGAAAGGCGCCCGGGAUCGGAGCACGACAGCCUUUGAAGGGGUUUCGAAAAUGGCUCUUCCGAUCGCAGAACCUGCAGUCAUUGAAGUCGGGCCGCCGAAAGUGGGAUAUCUGAAGCCUAGCUUUGUGCGAGUCGAAGUCAUCCUGGACGUUAGCCGCCUGCCGGAUGGUAUCAGAAGAGAAUGGGACAAUCUCAAGCCACACGACGUUGUGUUUCUCUUGGCGGUUGAUGCGACCAACUCUUCUCAGUUUCUUACCAACGGGCAGGCCAACGAUCACGGCGAACAAAGAAUGUUCACCAGUCUUAGAGCGGCUGAAGUAUUCCAGAUCCUGGACGAUGAUGGGAGAGCUCUGCGAGAUACGCGAACAAACGGGCAUAGUUCAAGACCUAAGAGGAGGCGUUUGCUACUCGAUUUGGACACAAGCUCAUACGCUGUCGACAAGCAGAAAUCACGCCGAUUUUCCUCAGAAAUCGCGUCACUGAACGUUAUCGCUCGGAGACAAGGGCGAGAAAACAACUUCAAACCUGUUCUGGAGACAAUCCAGACUCUAGUGUCUUCAGGGACUGUGCUUCCACGGUGGCUACAAGAAGUCUAUCUGGGUUAUGGUGAUCCAAAGAGUGCAUCAUUUCCAGCACUUCCGGAUCACAUCGACUCCAUGGACUACCUGGACACAUUUCUUGAUUGGCAGCAUCUCCUGGACAGUUUUCCGGGAAAGACAAUCGAAGCAGGCGCCGGUCAGUCGGCUCCCUUUGAUCCGCCUUAUAUUCUCGAACGAGCGACGACGGACGCUUCAGCCGAACCACCGCCAAACCCGAAGAAGAGACGCCGUGACCAAAUGGAGCAAGACUCAUCCAUGCUCAAAGUUUUGACCUACAGACCUCGUAACACGGGACCAUAUCCAAUGGACAACCCAAAGAAGAACACGAUUCGCUUCACGGCUAAGCAGGUAGAAGCCAUUGUGUCUGGCACGCAACCUGGCCUCACCAUCGUAGUCGGGCCCCCCGGAACGGGCAAGACUGACGUUGCAACACAAACCAUCAACUUACUCUACCACAAUUUUCCAUCCGAGAGGAUCUUGCUUGUUGCUCACAGCAAUCAAGCGCUUAACCAGCUUUUCCAGAAAAUCAUUGCGCUUGAUAUCGAUCCACGCCACUUGCUACGACUAGGCCAUGGAGAAGAGGAGCUUGAUACGGAGGCAUCCUACGGUAAAUUUGGUCGGGUUGAGUCAUUCCUGGAGAAUCGCCAAUUCUAUCUGUCCGAAGUCAGCCGACUUGCCGCUUCAAUUGGUGCUGAGGGAGCACACGGCGCUUCGUGUGAGACUGCCGACUAUUUCAAUCAGGUCUUCAUUAGACCUGCUUGGCAACGCUUCUGGGAUAUUAUUAAUGCUGAAAAUGCUACGGUGGAGUCCGUCCUGAGUUCUUUCCCCUUUUACAAAUACUUCAGCAACGCUCCAGUUGCAACGCUGUUCCCUCCGAAUGUCACGAUUGAAGAAGCGCGGGAGAUCAUAUCCGGCUGUCAGUAUCAUAUCGACAAGAUCUUCUCCGAGUUAGAGGCUAUCCGACCUUUUGAGAUUUUGCGCGCCGGUCGCGAUCAAGCGAACCAUCUCCUGGUGAACGAAGCACGGAUCAUUGCCAUGACAUCAACACAUGCGGCCAUGAGGAGAUCCGAGAUAGCUGAACUUGGCUUUCAUUAUGACACUUUGAUCAUGGAAGAAGCAGCACAAAUCACUGAAAUCGAAACCUUUAUUCCAUGUGUGAUGCAGGACUCGGAUCCACAGACUGGUGAAAUGCCCUUGAAGCGGAUCAUUCUCAUAGGAGAUCACCUGCAGAACUCCCCCAUUAUCCAGAACCUCGCUUUGCGCCAGUAUGCCAACUUCGAACAGUCCCUCUUUCUACGUCUCGUCCGCCUCGGUGUCCCAACCGUCCAUCUUGAUCAACAGGGUCGCUGCCGGCCCUCAAUUGCCAGGCUCUUCAGAUGGCGCUACCAUAACCUGGGUAACCUAACUGAUCUCGUCUUGCAGCCAGAGUUUUCACGCGCCAAUGCAGGCUUACGUUAUGAUUACCAGUUUAUCAACGUACCGGACUAUCAAGGGAGUGGCGAGCGUGAACCUACACCGCAUUUUAUCCAAAACCUCGGAGAGGCUGAAUACGCAGUAGCGUUGUAUCAGUAUAUGCGCCUGCUCGGAUAUCCAUCACGAAGUAUCUCGAUCCUCGCUACCUAUGCCGGUCAAAAAGCAUUGAUACGUGACGUGCUCGAGCAUAGGUGCAGGAAGAACUCGCUUUUUGGAAUGCCGAGGAUCGUGACAACGGUCGACAAGUACCAAGGCGAGCAAAAUGACUAUGUCAUUGUGAGCAUGACGAGGACGCGGUCGGUCGGAUAUCUCAGGGAUGUCCGAAGAUUGACUGUCUCACUGUCCCGUGCAAGGCUCGGAUUGUAUAUCCUUGGUCGGAGGGAGUUGUUUGAAAACUGCUUCGAGAUGCGGCCUGCCAUGGACAUCCUGUUGCAAAGACCGGAUAAACUCAUCGUCACGACCGGUGAAAUGUUCCCUACUACUCGCUUACUCGAGGAUGAGGUAGAAAACACAUCGGAAAUGGACGGGGUGGAGCAUCUGGGUCAAUACGUGUUCGAAAUGACCCAGGCAAAGGUUAAGGCUUUGGGUGGACAGGUUAAUGUUCAGGUUGAGGCAGACGAGCAGGAUGGAGAUGUGGGUGAGGAACUUGGCGCAGACAUGGGGGAGGAGGAUCCGUUACAUGAGAUUAGUUAG